AUGAAGCCAAUCUACGAGCUUUGCGCCUCCCUCGACAUCCCCCCUCCGCCAAACGGCCGCCUGCACCUCGGCUGCGUGCUCACCAACGUCGGCACCACCACCCGAGACGCAUUUGCCGGACCAACCGCUCAACCACGCCGGCCGCAUCGCCAUAUCCGCUUCGCGCCGUCGGGGGAGUACCUCGCCCGGACGCUGGACCACGGCGGCGUGCUCAGGUAUCUGCAGCUGACUAGAGGAGAGAAGCCGCUGUAUGUCGUGACGGGGUUCAAGUGCGUUGUGGGUGCGACGCUGGUCGGGAAGGGUGCCGAGAGGAGGGGGCUUGGGGUUGCUGUGCCGGCGCAGGCUUGGGGUGAGGAUGAGGGUGGCGUCAAUGAUUUCGGUGGGCAAAAGGCGUUCUUGCUGGGCUACCGUACGCUGCGGAUGACGUGGGCCGCAAAGGAAAAGAUGGAUUCCAGGACGCAAAAGAGCGAGUUGCUAGAUAUGGAGAAUUGGAAAAUCGAGGAGGAUAUAGGCGGUCCAGGCGAGAUUGUUGGCCGUGGUGGUGGCUAUGGGAAUCUGGGAUAG